AGGAUGGGAUAUAUUCAUUUUUGAGUGUUUGUUUUUGUUUGAUCAUUAUUAUUAGGCCAGAGAUUAGAAUUUUAACGACAAUUUUUCAUUUUUUUUCCUUUGUUAAUUUUUUUUAUUCGUUUUCUUGGUGAUCAUUUGAAAUAGGAUUCAAAAGUAAAAGAAAAAUUUCCUUGUUGCAAUAUAUAGAAUAUAAAUCAGAUAGAAAAAAAAGAUGAACACGAUUCAAUUGCCUUGCUGUUUCCUAACAACAUUUAUUACCAUUAUAAUUAUAAUUAAUAUAUCAAUAAUUAAACUAUCCAUCAUACAUUGUUUGCCAUCAACCAUACAAGUUGGAGGUCUAUUCACACCGGAACAACGUGAAGAAGAAUUUAUAUUCCGUUUAGCCGUAAAUAAUAUUAAUGAAGAUCCAACCAUAUUAUCACGAACAAAAUUAGUAGCUCAAGUAAAAUCUAUUGAUUAUUUUGACAGUUUUCAUGCGAAUAAAAAAGUCUGCGAUCUUCUUGAAAAAGGUGUCGUAGCAUUAUUCGGUCCACUUGGCUAUUCACCAAGUUCAGCUCAUACACAAUCAAUUUGUGAUGCAUUAGAAAUACCACAUAUUGAAACACGUUGGGAUUUUAAAUUACAUCGUGAUGAUUUAUCCAUUAAUCUUUAUCCACAACCAUCCGUAUUAUCGGCUGCAUAUGUUGAUCUAGUCAAAGCAUGGAAUUGGGAUACAUUUGCUAUUGUUUAUGAAAACAAUGAAGGAAUCAUACGGUUACAGAAUUUUUUUAAAGAUGCGCAAAAAUGUAAUUGGAAAAUCAAGCUAUAUCAAUUCGAAACGGAUCGACCAUAUCGAGAUACAUUCUGGGAGGUGAACAAAGCUAAAGUGAAAAAUAUUAUUCUUGAUGUUAAACGUGAAAAUCUACUGCUUGUACUUCGUCAUGCACAACAAGUUGGAAUGAUGACUGAAUCUCAUAGUUAUUUGAUAACAUCUCUCGAUCUUCAUACGAUGAAUUUAGAGGAUUUUAAAUUUGGUAGAACAAAAAUAACAUCCUUGCGGAUUGUAGAUGAUUAUAGUCCAGAAUUAGUGAAUAUCAUGCAAAAUUGGACUGAAUUGACUAAAAAUAUGCAUAUGUAUGAUUUGGAUAAACCGAAUAGUAUUUUGACUGAAUCGGCAUUAAUUUAUGAUGGAAUUCGUCUUUUAUCGACUGCGUUACAAGAUUUAGAUCAAAGUCAAUCGGUUGAUGGUAUACAACCAAUUUCUUGUUAUAGUGGCACUCCAUGGCUUUAUGGUAGUUCAUUAAUUAAUUAUAUGCGUCCAGUUGCAUUUCGUGGCAUUACAGGCUUGGUUGAUUUCGAUCAAUUGGGUUAUCGAACUAGUUUUUCAUUAGAUGUAAUGACAAUAACUAUUGAUGGUUUUAUGAAGAUUGGUGAAUGGAAACAGACAUCAUCACCCAAUGAUACAAGCCUUACAACGUAUGAACAAUGGAGUGAUCAUUAUUCGGCAAUUUCAAUGCAGAAUAUAUCGUUAAUUGUGACGACAAUCAUCAGUGAACCAUAUACAAUGCUCAAAGAAUCGGCUGUCGAACGUAGUGGUAAUGAACAAUUCGAAGGUUUCGCUGUUGAUCUUAUUGAAGAAUUAUCACGAUUAAUGGGAUUCAAAUAUCGUUUUAAACUUGUAUCAGAUGGUGCUUAUGGUAUUAAAGAUGAAAAAGGUGAAUGGAAUGGCAUGAUUGGUGAAUUAAUACGUAAUGAAUCCGAUAUUGCGAUUGUUGAUCUAACGAUUACAUCAAAACGAGAGGAAGCUGUCGAUUUUACACAGCCAUUCAUGAAUACAGGCAUCAGUAUAUUGUUUAAAAAACCAACAACAAAAGUUACCACAUUAUUUUCAUUUUUAUCGCCAUUCCAGAAUAUUGUAUGGAUUUAUGUAUUAGCUGCCUAUAUUAGUGUUAGUACAAUAUUAUUUGUUAUUGGACGAUUAACGCCAUAUGAAUGGGAUGAUCCACAUCCAUGUCGUCAAGAGGAUAAUGUUUUGGAAAAUAAUUUCAGUCUGAUUAAUAGUUUUUCAUUUACAAUUGGUACAAUGAUGCAACAAGGAUCGGCAGUUGCACCAAAAGCAAUGUCAACACGAACAAUAGCAGCAAUAUGGUAUUUUUUCACUUUAAUCAUGAUAUCAUCAUAUACGGCUAAUUUGGCUGCCUUUUUAACUGUCGAAAAAGUUGUCUAUCCCAUUGAAAAUGCCGAAGGUUUAGCUGGACAAACACAAAUUGAAUAUGGUUGUCUAAAAAGUGGUUCGACAAAAGCGUUUUUCAGUGAAUCUAACAUACCGGUAUAUAAACGAAUGUGGCAAUUUAUGCAAAGUCGGCCACAUGUAUUUACGAAAUCAAAUGCCGAAGGUAUUGCACGUGUGAAAAAAAGUAAUGGAAAUUAUGCCUAUUUAAUGGAAUCGGCUUCGAUUGAAUAUGUGAUCGAACGUGACUGUAAUCUAACACAAAUUGGUGGCCUUUUAGAUAAUAAAGGCUAUGGUAUUGCAACACGUAAAGAUUCACCAUAUCGUAAUCCAUUAUCACAUGCCAUAUUGAAACUUCAUGAAAAUGGUGUCCUAUUACAGCUGAAAGAACGAUGGUGGAAACAGAAAAAAGGUGGUGGACAAUGUACGGAAGAGACAAAAAAAUCAUCAUCGGUUAAUAAUCUAAGUAUUGAUCAUGUGGGUGGUGUUUUCGUCGUUCUUUUAGGUGGGCUAUCAUUUUCAUUCCUGGUUGCUAUAUUUGAAUUCGUAUGGAAAGCACGAAAAGAUUCACAUGAGUCAAUAUUUGAAGAAAUGAUUAGAGAUCUCAAAUUUGCAUUCGCCUGUCAAAGUAAAACGAAAAAUGUGAAGAAAAAAUUAAAUGAAGAAAUCUAUCCAGAACGAUAUGAUUAUAGUCCACCUAAUUAUGGCCCAGAGUUUGCACCAGUUUAUUGAUGUCAUGGAAAAUAAGGAAAUUUUUUCCUUAUCAAUAGAUUUCGCUUGAUAUCCAGUUACCAUGAUGACAAAUACAGUCAUAUUACUGGAUUCUAUCAAUUAUUAGACAUCAAAUGAAACAAGUGACUUAACCGUUUUUGGUAACAAAAAUAAACACUCAACAAAUGACAAAACGAAACGGAAAACCAUUUUUUCUUGCUCAACAAACCAAAAAAAACGACCAAUUUUUUCUGGUAAAAUAACCAUCUUUUUCAUUUUCAUCAUUUUGUCUACAUUGAAUUGUUGAAAUAAUUGUAACAAAUCAAAAGGAGAAUCCAACAAUUUUUAACCAAAAAUUUAUGGUCAACAGCAACGCACACAUUCCAAGAAUCGUCCAUUUUUUCUGCUGCCCAAAUGUACGUUUUGUUUGAACAGCAACAAUUUUUCUUAUUUAUUUAUCAACCCGUUAUAAACACAAACACACACACGGUCACAAAUAUUCCAAUAUUGAUCUCAUUUUUGGCCACUAUUAAAUUCUUUUCUCUUUGACAAAAAUAGCAUCGUUUUUUCUAAAAUAUAAAAUAAUCACAUUGUAAUUAAUAAUAAAUCAUAUAAUUAUCAUCACAA